AUAUCGUGCUAUCUGACGUGUUCAUGCAUGACUUGUCACACCCCGCGUUCGUCACUUGACGUCUUCCUCUGUAUGCUUUCCUUGGUUGGCAUAUCUUUCCCAUACAGAAAGAUGGCUUUUUUUUGCAAAGACAGUUUUGGAGACCCCUCCGAAUGUCAUUGAGGAAGCCUUCCACCUAGGCCGGUCCCAGUGGAUGGAAUGUCCUAGAAUCGACGAUUGGAAAUCGUCCUCUCCGUUUCCACUUUUUCAAGAGCUCAACAUCCGCAUCAUCAGUAGAAAUGCCACAGUCUUGGCCAUUCUAUUCCUUCCAAGACCAACUGUCGUGCGAAACAAUAAACAUCCUCCGGAUUACUUUGGCUGAACAUCAGCGCCAAUCUCCUGGGCCGGCAAAGUCCCCGCUAGAAAUGCAUCUCAAAGAGUAUGAGUGUGAGGCUAUUGCCAUGACGGGCCGUCGGGUUGGCGAUGAGCAGGCGACAGGCCAUACCUGCGAUCCAUCCGAGGCCAUUAAACGUACUGGAGGUGACGGCCGAUUAUAUUCGCAGCCACUCUUGGAACAGUUAACUUGGCCAAGGACAGCGGCAACAAUAACGAUAAACUUUCGAUUGGAAAUACUUACACAAAACUACAUCAAUGAUGCCAUGUCUUUUGCCGCAGUCGAUGGUGAUCAUAUACCGGUGGUCUUUCUUGCACAAGCAACAGCCCAUCCGGGAUUUGCCACUGCAAUUAACAUCGGCAUCCCACCCGACAUUCAAUGUUUGUCGACGUUACAAAGACACAUUAAUUUAUAAUCAUCAACCAUAUUAGCUCGAGUAAAUAUUUAAAGGCUGGUCCCCCUGAUAGAAUAGGACUACGCUCUAUACUUUCAUUCCACCACUUCUUUUCUAUACAAAAUGUCCAGUGGCACUCGAUUUCCCGCUCGCACCCGCGAUGAAAUGCCCACUCAGGCUGAGAAAGAUGUUCAUGAUGUCCUCCACUCGAGACUUGCUGAGAUGAUCGGUCAAGACAAUAAAAAGGUAUGC